CCGCCCGUCUUUCCUCCGUGUUUCCGGUGUUAUGGCCGCUCGCAGGCGGAGGGGCAGUGAUGUGGUGUGGGGUUAACUGGACGUGACCGUGUACCUGUAGGCAGGGGGGGGUUCGGGUGAUGGCGGUCACGCAGCUCUUUCGGCUGGCCGUCUGUAGGUCGACGGCCGGUGCCACGCUCCGCGCGCACAGGAGGUACAGCAAGCUGCAGGUAUCGCCAGCUUUAUCUGAGCGACUGCGAUUGUUUGAAUCUCUCAGGGAAAGACGCAGCGAUAAGAGGCAGGCCGACGCGUCGGAAAAGCCCCUCAGCGUCCGACUGGCUGACGGACGGACGAUAAAAGGAACGGCUGGCGUCACCACGCCGCUUUCUGUUGCUCAGAGCGUGCGGGUGAAAGGAGCACUGGUGAGCAGAGUGAACGGCGAGCUGUAGCUCGGGCGACCUCUCACCUCAGACUGUGAAGUACAACUUCUCGGGUUUGACACAGUUGAAGGGAAACUGACGGCGUGGAGGACGGGAGCGUGCGUCCUGGCGGCUGUGCUGGAGGGCGUCUUCGGUGCCGAGGUGUGCAGAGAAGCGUCGGAGCUCGGACUCUUCUGCGACUACCUGCUGGACAACAGCUGCUUUUCUCUGGCUGACGUUGAGGAGAAGUGCAGAGAGACGGCGGCCCAGAAGCUUCCUCUGUCCAGACUGGAGCUGAAUGUCCAAGAGGUCCAAGAGCUGUUCCAGAGCUCCAGUCUGAGGCUGCGGCUUGUUGAAGAGCAGAUCAGUGACUCCACUGUCACAGUAUACAGGUGUGGAGACAGCGUAGCGGUGUGUAACGGGCCGGUCCUCACACACACAGGCCUCCUCAAGGUCUUCAAGCUGCAGCAGCUGUCCUCCGUCACCCUGAGCAAUGAGACGGACUCCUCGGGUUUGACACGUCUGCUCGGAGUGGCCUUUCCAGGAGAGAAGGACAGGCAGGAGUGGGAGAACGAGCAGGAGGAGGCGAGGAGGAGGGACCACAGACGCAUCGGAGUGGACCAGGAGCUGUUCUUCUUCAAUGAAGUCAGCCCAGGCAGCUGCUUCUUCCUGCCUAAAGGAGCCCACAUCUACAACACUCUGACCGACUUCAUCAAGAGUGAAUACCGACGGCGAGGCUUCACCGAGGUCGUGACCCCGACCCUCUACAGCACUGCAUUAUGGGAGCGCUCGGGCCACUGGGAGCACUACAGCGAGAACAUGUUCACGGUGACGUCGGAGGGCUCCCAGACCUACGCUCUCAAACCCAUGAACUGCCCGGCUCACUGUCUCAUGUUCGAGCAGCGCGUUCGCUCCUGGAGGGAGCUUCCUCUGCGGUGGGCCGACUUCGGCGCGCUGCAUCGGAACGAGCUCUCCGGCGCCCUGGGCGGCCUCACCCGCGUUCGCCGCUUCUGCCAGGACGACGCGCACAUCUUCUGUGCACCUGAGCAGGAAGAGAUUGUGGCUUGUUUGGACUUCGUGAAAGUUUAUCGAGUGUUUGGGUUUUCCUUCCACUGCCUGCUGUCGACGCGGCCCACGCCGUGCCUCUGGGAGCCCGAACAGUGGGACGACGCCGAGCAGCAGCUGGAGAGGAGUCUGCAGCAGGUUGGCGAGCGCUGGGAAUUGAACCCCGGAGACGGAGCUUUCUACGGACCGAAG